AUGAAAUCCUUCCAUAGCCUCUAUCUAAUCUCCAUCUUCAUUUACAUAGUGGCUACGUUCGCAAACCGCUUAGGGGGGUUCAAUGGAUUUGGUUCUGGUGGUGCGAACAAUCAUCGUCUCGAAGGAUCCAAUCACAACGGGGUUGCCGGCGCCCAAAACAAUGCGGCUCGCGGAAGCAAAAAUUCAAACCAUGGCUCCGGCAAUACUAAUAAAGAUGGGCAUGGUUCUAUUGCAUCCCAUAAUGGAGGCCAAAGCAACGCACAUGGCUCGCACGGAGUCAAUUCUAUUGUGAAUGCUAUCCAUUCAGCUAAUCAACAGAUUCACACCGUAAACCGCGCGAUACGAAGCGUGAGAAAUGGCGGCACUAUUGAGCAUCUUGACUCAGCAUUCCAGUCGUUAUCUUCUACGAUUAAGACAACUUCUGCCGCUAUUACCUCAGCCAGAUCACUUGACGAUAGGGAUUUCCAGUCCAUACAGUCAGCUAUAAAACCAUUUCAUCAAUCCAUUGGUUCCCUCGUAACGCAGCUAAUGGGCAGGCGAGACACAAUAGCUCAGUUGCGCGGAUGUCGCUCCAUACAAGGUGCUCUAAAUCAUAUACGAAUGUCAACACGAGACAUGUUCGUUGGUAUUAAGAACCACUGGAAUCACGGCGGCUCUUCCCAUGGCAAACACGGCUUCGGAGGAUUUCAUAACUUAGAUUCAGGUAUACAGAGCUUUCUCAAUCACGGAUAUAAUGCCUUCGGCUUCGGUAAUUGCGUUGACGUUAUCUCAUCAAAGACCAGCUCAAACACCUAUUCCACCACAACUUAUACAAGCACAUGGUCACCUUCAACUAUAACAGACUACUCAACUGUGACCUACUACUCAACUGUGACCUAUUACUCGACUAUAACAGAUUAUACAACAACAGGCACCUCAUGGGGAAAUACCUAUAGCACACUCUCUAGCGGAUAUACUUCUUCAUGGAGUUCCUCGUCUCCAACAACUACUCGUGGCCGUUCGUAUAAUACCAGAGGCGGCGGCGGCCAUCAUACCAUAGGCGGCGGUGGCCAUCAUACUAGAGGCGGCGGCGGUCAUCAUCAUACCAUAGGCCCCGGCGGUUAUCAAGCCACAAUGGCGCCUUCAAACAACGACAGAGAAAGUGAAUCCUCGAACACAUACGGCCGCUCCUCAGCCACCAAGACGUGGACAACUAAUACCAUUUCAACUUCGAGCUCAUCAAGUUGGCCCAGUAGUGGCACCUCGACCUACACUUCAUCAUUUAGCACUUAUUCUUCUAGCUAUAGUACGAGUACGUAUACAUCAACGUAUACCAGCACAGAAACCACGGCGGGCUUAACAACAUAUACUUCAACAGUUACAAGCACAGUCACUGGCUCAGGAACUACGUUCACAUCGACAGUUACCAAUACAGUCACUAGUUCGGGAACUACGUUCACAUCAACUAUUACCAAAACAGCCACUAGCUCAGGAACUACAUUCACGUCAACUAUUACCAACACAGUCACUAGCUCAGGAACUACGUUCACAUCAACUAUUACCAAAACAGCCACUGGUUCAGGAACUACACUUACAUCAACAGUUACAAAAACAGCCACUAGCUCAGGAACUACGUUCACAUCGACAGUUACCAACACACUCACUAGCUCAGGAACUACUCUCACAUCAACUAUUACCAAAACAGUCACCAGUUCAGGAACUACGCUCACAUCGACUAUUACCAAAACAGCCACUAGUUCAGGAACUACGGCCACGUCCACAGUCACUAAGACAGCAACAGCCACUGGCUCAGGAACUACGCUCACGUCGACUAUUACCAAAACAGCCACUAAAUCAGGAACUACGGCCACGUCCACAAUCACUAAGACCGCAACAGUUACAUCUAGUGUCUCUCCAACGCAGACUUACACAAUGACAGCCACGAGUACCUACACCAAAUCUGGUAGCACGAUUACAUCGACGGUUACUAAGACUAAAACAAAAACCUCUGAAGUAUCAACGAAAACCUAUAAAACAACUGCCACGAGUACAUAUACUAUCUCAGGCAGCACGGUAACAUCUACAGUUGUAAAGACAAAGACUAGUACUGCAAAGACUUCUGAGGCUUCUCCAACCAGAACCUACACGACAACUGUGACGAGUACCUACACAAGUUCGGGAAGUGUAAAGACGUCCACCUAUACACGGACAAAGAAAGGCACCAAAGACAGCUCAAGUACGGGAACAUAUACGAGCCGAAGUAGCAGUGGAGCAAACACGGGUACGAGUUCUGGUUCAACGUUUACAUCUGUUCUGACAAAAACAGGUGUUGAAAAUGUGAUAUUAAUUUCCGUUUCCACAGGCGCCGUUUCUACGUCAAGCAGCGGAGAUUCGCCAGGGACAACCUUCACAUCCACAGUUACAAGCUCGAAGACGAGCACCAUUAGCAGAUCAGGGUCCGGAACGAGGACUUUGACGUCGACUAUUACGAGUACACUCACGUCUACUCGGCUCAAUGAGUCAACUAGUCGCCGUAGAACGACAUCCACCACGAAUCUCAGUCCUGCUACUGCUACUGUCACUGUUACUGUAAUCGCAGCUACUACUGUGGAGUUCGACAGGUUCAAGUUCUCGAACAACUACUACCAGUACGACUACUUCCUCCAGAUCUUCGGCAGCAGGUAG